AGUCACAGCAGACCCUUUUUGUCAGGUGGUGCAAUUCCCCCCAGCUACUUAAAGGCACUAGGGGGCAAUUUCUUUUUUCAAGGUAGCAGGCUGGUACUUCUUUUGCUGAGGCACAGAACUGAGGCUGGAAGGGAGAAGGCGUCGCUGGACCCGAGCGAGAUUGCAUCAUGGAUCCUGUAUUAGGAAGUGCCCUCAUUGAUCCAUGGACCCGGUUUCACGCCAAGCCAAUGAAUGGGCUGGUUGCGACGGAUUUUGUCCUUAUGCACGGAGACACUGUCCAAGUGAAAGGGAGGAUCUCGCCGGAUGCCAAAGAUUUUGUUGUGCAUCUGGGCCGUGAUCGUGACAACCUCAUUCUUCACUUCAACGCCCGCUUUGACUACCAGACGGACGAGAACACCAUUUUGAACACCAUCGUGUGCAACUCCUUGCAGGACAGCGUCUGGGGGAAAGAACAGAGAAUCACCGAUUUCCCUUUCGAACAAGGUGCCAAAGUUCAGCUUUCCUUCAUUUUUCUUUCUGCGGAGAUCAAGGUGAAGCUGGCAGAAGGUCACGAGUUCACCUUCCCCAACCGGCUGGGCCUGAAGACCAUCAGCUACAUCAAGGUGGAAGGAGACUUCAGAAUCAGAGCCCUCAAAUUUCUCUAAUUUCGCCCUGCAUCCCUGUAGUCCAGCAACAAGUCUGAAUAAACUCAU